AUGCCGCCUAAGGAGGAUAUCGGCUGGCUGGACAUUGGAAGGCAGGAAGAUUCUUGUCCCGCUAUCAUUAACAACGACCGACUGGAAAGCAUCAUUUCCCAAUUGAACAAGCCCGAAGAAAAGUAUCCAUCCGUCUGUGCAUAUUUAGGUGGCCGCUUUAAAGACCAUGUUCUCCAGAGGAUUUACCCAUGGAAUAAUAUCAAGCGCCAUGUCUCCAACUACCGGUUGAGGUUAAGAAGUGAUAUUGCUUCUCUGGGUUGCCGGCAGCCAAUCCUCUUUGUAGAUGGGGACAUUGGCCAAAACAACCGAAAAUCACCGCUGAAACGGCUAAGCGCCGGGGUGGGCCACCCCGUCCUUUGGGAGUGCGGCUCGGUCCAAGAUGUGCUCGUCGUUUUGUGGGCGCGAUUGGUAUUCUUGUUCACUGAUGUCAUUUGCAUAUUUUUAAGUGAUUUUCCUGACCACGAGAAAAUACUGGAGCUGUUGACAGUUUUUUCAAAGGCUCGGUCUGGCUACCCCGUUUUAGCCAAGCUUUUGCCCCGACUUUUGUUGAUAUCCGAAGGAAGACGAGAUGAUGGUAGAGGCAAUACCCCAGCAUUCACGUUGCACCAGACGCUACACGGGCCUGAAUAUACUAGUGUCUUCGAGUCCUUUUCGGGGAUUACAACAAUACAUCUAGAAGGAACGACGUUAUCUGAUACCGCGCGCUGCGAGCCAUUAAGAGCCCUUGUGGGACGUGAGCUUGACGCGAUGAGGUCCGUGCGCCAAAGGCAGCGUGUCCAGCCUAAUGGCAAGCACUUGGUGGAUCUAUUCCAGGCCGCAUUUCAGCAUAUUUUAGUGGAUCCUGACAUCCCGUUCGACCUGAUCCGGGUUACCCGGGCGAUCUACACAGUCAGUCCCCAUAUAAAGCAGAAUCUCGUUCACUACUUCGACGUUUGUAACAAGGCGGGGGUGCAUGGGCCGCAAGUCGCACCAACAAUCGCCUCUGCCGUGUUGAUGGACAAUUAUGUUCCUGGAAUGUUAAUGUUGGACCCACGCAUGGUUUUUCGGACUUUCUAUCGAUCGGCGAUCCUGGAGGCCUACAACGACCGCGCAUCCUAUUGGCCAGAUCUACCGUCCCACGAUCAGGCCAGUGGGGUGGAAUCGCAUCUCGUCGGUUUGUUUGAUACACUCAUACAAACCCAUCAAACAGCUGUUGAGGUCCGUAAACAUCAACUCACUUCCCAAAGCGGCUGGUUGUGCCGAAUACGAAGUAAUCGGAUUUGUGUGUACUGCUUAUUUCAAGCUGCACAGCAUGUCCUGGGUUGCGGGCACACGUUGUGCGACCGCUGCGCUCACAUUUUCGGCACACCUACCGCUGGACUGGAAUAUCAAUUCACGAUCCAAGGUUGUAUAUACUGUCUUUACCAGAGGCCCCUCGUCGCGAGCAUAUUGCCACCAACAAUGAGUCCAUCCGUAUUGGCUAUUGACGGAGGGGGCGUCAGGGGUGUGAUUCCCCUGGAGUUUCUCCUCCUCGUCCAGGAGCAUUUACAACCAUGUCGAAUCCAGGAUGUCGUGGACCUUUCUCUUGGCACGAGUUCGGGCGGCCUCAUCGCAAUUGGCCUGUUCAUCAUGUCAUGGGAUAUGUCCACAUGCUCGGAAACAUUCGAUAAACUAGCGCGACGGAUUUUUCGCACUAGACGUCGUUCUCCUUUUGCACUCCUCAAUUUCUCGUGUCGGAAUGGCUCGAUGCUUAGUAACGUGGGGAGAUGGCUUCACUGGCUGCUUCACGAUAGCUGUUACGAUGCUCAAGUCUUUGACGAUGCACUCAAAAGUGUGUUUGGCGAGAAUCGCCUUAUGUUUGGCUCCAGUCGAGACGAUCCGCGCGGAAGUCUCCAAUCCAGGUCUAAAAUUGGAGUGGUGACCACUAGCAUAUCUAGGGGAACAGAGGCAUUUGUAAUUGGCAAUUUUAAUACCGUUAGCGAGCCGGAGGACAAAGGGGGUAAGUGCCAGUGCCGAUCAUCUCUUCCUACGCUGUUAGCUCAUCUUCCCAUGUGGAUCAGAUACUCAAAUCCUCCGGCCACCCAAUCUAGCUCACGAGCCAAAUGUAUGGAAAGCCUAGAGCAACUGCUGCAGCCCCUUUGUAAUUUUUUUACCCCUGCAGAUCUACCAGGAAUCGGAUCCUUCCAAGACGGGGGAUUAAAACAUAACUUCGCGGGAGAGAUUGCUAGCCAAAUUUCCCAUUUGAUCUGGCCAGAGGCCAUAGGGUCCACUCGAUUGCUUUCUCUAGGAACUGGCGUCACUCAGCCCGAAAUCAACCCGACCCCUCACUUCCGUCAUGUAUUCCGGGAUAGUUUCAUUCGCCGUAGCUUUGAUGCAUGGAUGUCGACAAUGGACACAGAAGGUGAUUGGAGAAAACUGAAGGGUCAGCUCAAUGUGGCCGUCAGAUCCGAAUACCACCGCUUGAACGUUGAUCUGAGCGGAGAGUCCAAUGCCAUCGACAGCGUGGAAUCGAUGGAAGAUUAUCGAAACUUGGUUCUGAGUCAACCGGGGAGUUCCCGUAGAGCACGAGAUGCUGCGACCACCCUCUUGGUCUCGAGGUUCUAUUUUGAACUGAAAGAACUGCCUCAGAACACAACGGGCCCGUUUUGGUGUCGCGGUCUUAUCCGUUGCAAGGGAUCGGCUAAGGAUCUCAUCUUCGCACUCACCCGCCUCUAUCCCGAAGGAUUGACGUAUGUGUCGGGAAACAAUGUGGUAGACGAUUUCAAUGGUUUCGAUGAGCUCUGUGAAUCUUGUGGCAGCUAUCUUCGCCCCUUAUCGUUUCUAGUUCCUCACAUCAACCAUCCGGCAGAUCUGUUUCUACAAGCCUCGCCAACUAAGCGCUGGAGACUAAGCGGAUUUCCGGAAAGUCUGGCUACUUUUGCUGCUAAACAAGGGUUGACGUCUUCUUUUGGCCAUGGUAAUCACGGGCUUCCGAGUCGCAUUCCGUGCAGUGGCUGCGAUGCUUUGACUGGGCCGUCACAAAGUACCACCAAGCGACGCAGGCGCCCAUCUUCAACAACUGCAGGGGUAUCGAAAAAGUUCUGCCUUGCUUUUGAGCGUAGUGAUUAG